AUGCGUAAUGGUCUCUCCUGCAUUCUCAUUGAAAAUGAAAUGAAGGGCACCACUCUGGUGGCCCACAGGCGCGCGGAGACGCUCAUUUUCAGCAAACACGCUGUUGUCUCCGUCCGAAACAACAAGCUCUGCUUUAUGGUUCGCAUCGGGGAUCUGAGGAAAAGCAUGAUCAUCAGCGCCACCGUGCGAAUGCAGGUUGUCAAGAGAACCGCCACGGAGGAGGGGGAGGUGGUGCCACUAGACCAAAUCGACAUACACAUGGAUAACCCAGUGGGUACCAAUGGCAUCUUCCUGGUAUCUCCCCUCAUCAUCUGUCACAUAAUUGAUAAGCACAGCCCCCUUUACGAGCUUUCAGCCUCAGAUCUGUUACACCAAGACAUAGAGGUGAUCGUUGUGUUGGAGGGGGUGGUGGAGACCACCGGUAUCACCACCCAGGCCAGGACGUCCUACGUGUCUGAGGAGAUCCUGUGGGGACAGCGCUUUGUGCCUACAGUGUCCGAAGAGGACGGCAUGUACGCAGUGGACUACUCCAAGUUUGGCAACACUAUGAAGGUCCCAACACCUUGCUGCAGCGCUAAGAAACUGGAUGAGGCAGGUGGCAUCGCUCGGUUUAAACUGACCGAGGGCGUCACCUUGCGGGCGUCAGAUAGAAGACGCCGGGGCUCCGCGGCGGCUCGAAGGUCCAGGCUGGAGACCAUGAAAGCUCACGAUUAAGAGUGUGCAAAUCAUGUCUGCGAGCAUUUUGUAUGAGAGUUAACAGUCUAAGAUUGGUGGUUAUUGAUUCAGAUAAUCAUAUUUAUUUUAUAACAUAUGACAGGGAUUACCUGUAAUCAACAAUCGGCAUAUAUUCUCUGCAGCCCGUGCGCAAAACAUGCGUUUAUACUCAGGGUCAGUGUGAAAAUGAGAUAGAAUGCACUGAUGAUUAAAAGUGACUGUUGUAUCAA